AUGGGCGCCAGCAAGCAAAAGCAGACACAGGCCAAAAAGAGCACCACGCUGCCCACGGACUUGGUCCCCGCGAUCUCGGCCUUUCUCGCAGAAAAUGGAUUUCCGGAUACUGGCAAGGCGUUCGCCCAGGAGUUGGCUAAGAAGUCCAUCAGCUCGAACAAGACGUCCGGCGUGUCCCUCCUAGAACUGUUCCAGCAGCGGGAAGCACAGACAAAGGUGGAGUCGACCACAAGCUCCAGUGCUGCGAGCAAAUCGAGCUCCGACAGCAGCAGUGACAGCGAUGCCGAUAGCAGCUCGGACGAUUCUGACUCGGAUGUGGAAAUGGCCGAGACACCCAAGUCGAAGAGACGUGGCUCCUCUUCGUCGUCUUCUUCCUCAUCCUCAUCCUCCUCGUCCUCGUCGUCUUCCUCGUCUUCAAGCUCCUGCGACAGUGACGCCGAUGAUGAGGACGAGGAUGAGGCAGCGCUCACCCCCGCCCCUGUUCCCAAGGGCGUGAAGCGCAAGGCGGAAUCCAGCUCAUCUUCUUCCGGAUCCGACUCCGAAGAAGCUCCAAAGACAAAGAAGACGAAGAUCACCUCCGCCAAGGGUAAGGAAUCAUCUUCUUCGUCCUCCGACAGCGACAGCUCGUCGACUUCGUCCGGCUCCAGCUCCGACUCCGAUUCCAGCUCGGACUCGGAUUCUGACUCUUCGUCUGACUCUUCUUCCGGUUCAUCCUCGAGCUCUUCGGACUCUUCUUCCGACUCAGACUCAGACUCAUCCUCCGAGUCUUCCUCGUCUGAUUCCGAAUCUGAAUCCGACUCCGUUAAGAAAGCCGACAAGAAAGCCCUAAAAACCGCCACAAAGACUCCCCUUCCCGAAUCCGGCUCUGACUCCGACUCCUCAUCCUCCUCAGAAGAGGGAGACUCCUCCGACAAGAGCAGCGGCACCCUCGACAACUCCGAGUCUGAAGCCGUCUCGGCCAGCAAACCCACCACUGCCGCUACCACAACAACCACAACGAGAACGAUAACCGAGACUCCCGUCUCUUCAAGUGCCAGCCCUGCCCCCGGAAAUGGAAAUAAAAAGAAGCACACGGGUGCCCGCCCUACUCCGCUCGCGGCCCUCAGCGAACUCCCCAGUGCGAACGACCACAUCUCCAACGAUUAUGUCCCGUACGCGUACGCGGAGCGGGCCUGGAAGGACCUCUCUGUUACCCGCGGCAAGGGCUUCACCAAGGAGAAGAACAAGAAGAAGCGCGGCUCCUACCGCGGUGGACCGAUUGACAUCUCCGGCGGGAAGGGUUUCAAGUUUGAUGACUGA